AUGAAAUUCCUCAUUUUGCUUGGCAUUCUGGCUGUGGCUGCCGCCCAAGAAGCCACCUAUAACAGCAGAUACGACAACAUCGAUGUGGAAGAAAUCUUGAAAUCCGACCGUCUCUUCAAAAACUACUUCAACUGUCUGAUAGACGCUGGUCCAUGUAGUCCGGAAGGAACUGACUUGAAGAAGUAUCUCCCCGACGCCCUGGAGACCGGCUGUUCCAAGUGUACCGAGAAGCAGCGUGAUACGGGCAACAAGGUCAUCUCUUGGUUGAUCGAGAACCGUCCGGAAGAGUGGACCUCGCUGAAGAACAAGUACGACCCGGACAACAAGCUAACCAACCGCUACCCUGAACUGGCUGCCAAGGCGGGAAUUUCCCUGUAG